CCGACCAUUCCAGCGACUUCGGCCGCGAGACGGACGAGAGAGCAGCGGGGCUCGAUCGCGCCGUGCCGCUCCGGAGUCCGGGGCCGUCGAUCGCGUCUCGAGCUCGAGCUCGAGCUCUCACGAGUUUCGCGGAUCCGGGCGAACGCCGUCGCCGUCGGAAUCGUCGCGGAGUCGCGAGUGCUCUUCGGGCGAGUGCAGGGACGACCAGGGACGACCGAUUUCAAGGAGGAAAAGAAGGAAAGAAGGAAAGAAAGAGAAAGAGAGAGAGAGAGAGAGAGCGAGAGUGAGAGAGGAAGAGAGAAACACGGGAAGGACCAAAGGAGGCGGCGAAUAUUCGCGUGAGCGAUCGAUAUGUCGCGACGAUCCAGGCACGCCACGUUCGGCCAGCGCGUCACCACGAGGAGAGGAAUCGCCCGUGGAUAAGGAUCGGCACACGCGAGGGACCGUAAUCCCUCCUGAGCAAGAUGAGCUAAACGGACGUUUCUGAUUAGUCACGUGCUUGUCUUUGACAUUCCCUGUGCGCGAGUCGAUUGACACAGACUCCAAAAUGCAUGCUUCGAGAUAUGCUGGAUAUCACAUUAACGCAAAUCGUGAUUAUAUUACGGACGGCGAGGAGAGCCACAGAGCUCCUUCGGAUCGCACCGUGUCUGAAUAUAUCGUUGCUAACGAACAUACUACCAUGGUGAAACCUCCAAGAAAGAACCACGCAGAUAGGUAUGACAGAGAAGAAGAUAGGAGAUCCAGAAGUGCGCAUAAUACUCGUGACUCGGUAUUGUCCGGAUCUUCGAAGCAUAGUUUGCAUCCGCUUCGCAAAAGUGCCUCGCACGGUAGCAUUUGUGACAAUGGUUCAGAUAUAUAUGUCACCAGCGCUGCGUACAGAGCUACUUCCGACAUAAGUCGAGUAUCACGCCCCAGCCUCGCACCAAGCUCCAGAUUGGAUCACAGAGCGCCUAGUCAUUACAGCUACGGUUCCGGCAGGUCAGGCACCUCGACAGUGAAAACUCGUACGUCACGGAAAGGCGGUAUAAUUGUGGAAACCAUGUCGACGCCUAAUCCGUUCUGUCCAAACACUAAGGGCGUCUGUUGCCUUAUGUUACUUCUCAAUCUUGGCUUGAUUCUAGUUACUCUAGGCUUCGUUAUCGUCAUACAAUUCUUCCAGCCAUUAGUCGUUUGGAUUUUGGGAAUAAUAUUUCUUGUGUUUGGCUUUUUGACACUGAUUGGUAGCCUCGUGUAUUGCGUACAUGUGUUCAGAAAUGCCAAACACCCACACGAUAUCAAUCCAGAAGAUUUAUACUGGACCCAUUACUGGCAAGGUCGUGUUGGUUCUACAGCACCUGAAGUUUAUUAUAAAACGGAAGACAAAUAUCAGGAUGAUGGCUACAGCGAUCGAUACAGCAAAUACUCGGGAAAGUAUUAUGACAGGCAAAGUCAGAGAUAUUGAUUGGAAUGUGAGAAAUGGUAUUGACCAUUAAUUUAAAAGACCCAUCAUUCUGCCAACUCUUAUAUAAAGGGUUUUAAAAACCAAUGACGAACAAAAAACUAAUCUCAGUGCAAUGAAAUAUAGUACUUAUGUGUAUUUGUGCAUAGAUACUGUACUAACAUUCUUUUUCAAAAAAAUAUAAUUUGUAAAUGUA